UCCUGCAAGAGCUCGCUUUCCUGCUGAACACGGACCAUGCCAGUCGGCGUGCGCUCGUUGCUAAGACAACUACGCUGCAAGUGAACACCGUGCGCCACCACAUGGUGCUCUCUUCCACGUUCUUGCGUACGAACUAGGGCGACCACACGCCGCUAAACCACCCCGAGUGCCUCCGCUGCCUCGCAGGACGCCUAACCCCCCAACCCCGUAGUUCUCUUGAACCCCCAAUGAACAGUUCAGUAGUUUUUGGUAGUGACUUUCCAGUGACUCUUCUCCUCCAGACAAAUCGAUCCCUCCACCCCCCCAAGUAGCUGUAGCCAUUAAAUCAGUUCGUUCAAUAUUCAGACACGAGUGAAAUCUUACUAACAUUUCAAAAACAGGUUUGUUCAAAGGUGAAUCAACAUCUGUAGCCGCCAGUGGUAAAUAACUAACUAUCCGAAGUAACAUUAUUGUAAAUGAUUUUAUGAUAUUAUUUGUAGUGAAUUUUAAAUUACAUCAUGCACGAAUGCCUAACGUAAACAUACUUCAACGCAAAUUGAAUGUGAUAAGCUUAUUUGUAUUCCGGAGCUGCCGCGGCGCUCAUCACUUGGAGCUUGGGGUCUUUUUCUUUGACGGACUACGGUGCCUUUGAGGUAAUCGAGUGCCUUGAGCCUUUAACGUUUUUUCGCGGAUCUUUCGAAUUUUUCCCUCCUCGCUCCUCCAGAUAGUGGUUUGAAUCGCGUUUCGAGAGUGUGCGUUCCUCUAGUGCGCCCCUUGGGGCUAUGGAUACGGGGGCGUGUUGUGUAGCCCCUACGGCCCCCGUCCGAUCCGAGGACCAGAUCGUGCCAGCCCAUCCAGGAGAUUGCUGGAACCCCCACCAGAGCAGCCACUCUCAACCCUUUUUGGACGCCUGGCUGUUACAAAUGCAGACCAGCGACCUGGACACGUUCCUGUGCAAGCAGGAGUGGGAACGCCGCCUAGAGGAAGAACUGGAGAAGCCUCGGCGCGACUCCGCCUCGCAGAUAGAUGACUUCUUCGAGCCGGCCCACAACAACAACCGCCACCAGCCCGCCAUGAGCUACGUGUCGAUGAGGACCCUGCCGGGCACCGACGACGACGUCUUCCUACGGCCCCCGCUAUGGGAAGACAUCGCCAGCAGCAUACAGAACAUAGACCCGGAGAACGCGAACAUGCUGGGGGUGAGCCCGGGGCAGGUGAAGCUGGAGGCGGUGGACGACAUCGCCGUCAACUGCGCGGCGACGCCGUCGCCCCUGUUGUCGCCGCUGGAGAUUAAGACGGAAAAGGUCCUCCAGCAACCGGGCCCCACGUUACACCUCAUGGGCACGCCCACCAGCCCCUACAACCAGCCCCAGCCGACCAGCCCCCAACAACAGACACCUCACUACCACCAGCAACCGCAGCCGCCUCAGCAACCCAUCCACCACCCCCACAACAACAACAACAACCCCCACCCCCAGUACAAAUACAACAACAACGUGGCCCCCGGUCCCGCUCCCGGCAACGCCCUGUAUCCCAUGUCACGAUUGAUGUACGUGUCGCCGCUAACGCCCCCCAGCUCGGAGCCCGGCUCGCCGGGCGGCGCCUUGCCUAGGCGGACGCCGCCCCCGCCAUAUCCUGCCCCCGGAUGCCCCCAGCAGACGCCGGCGGCGGCGGUGCCGCGGAUCUCCACGGGGGUGAAGUAUAACAGGAGGAAUAACCCGGAGUUGGAGAAGAGGCGGAUACACCAUUGUGAUUUUAUAGGUUGUACGAAAGUUUACACAAAAAGCUCACACCUUAAGGCGCAUCAAAGAAUUCAUACAGGAGAAAAGCCGUACCAGUGCCAGUGGCCAGAGUGCGAAUGGCGAUUUGCCAGGUCAGACGAGCUCACCCGCCACUACAGAAAACACACGGGGGCGAAGCCUUUCAAGUGUGGUGUCUGUGAACGAUCAUUUGCCCGAUCCGAUCACUUGGCGUUGCACAUGAAGAGGCACCUACCCAAAACCGCAAAAUGAGGACCGUACUUCACCUUAUAGAAAUUUAAUUUAUCAUCACAUUGUAAACAUUCCUUCUAUAUUAACUUAUGAAAACGAUCUCAACAUUACAAUCGUUAUAUUUUAUAUGGACUUUUUUUCUAAAGGAACGUACCUCAUUUGAAUCACGUUUUGCCUUUCGUAACUUAGAGGCCUUCCCAGUGUACUUAGACAAUUGUAGUAUGUUUACAAGGGUACGAUCGGUGAACUGUUCGACGAUGUAUGACUUUUAUUAUGUGCAAUUUUGUACCGUAUCUCAUAUUGCCUUAAUAAAAAAUUCUAAGUUCCGUAUAUGGAAAAAAUGUAAGAAAAACAGAAGACGAACGGCUGUUCAUGUUUCUUAGCUAUCCGGAAUUGAUAGUUUGCGAAAUGUAUUGCCAUGUAAAUAUUUGUCAUUGUCAUAUGCGGCUAAAUGCAUGUAAAUAUGUGUAAGUCAUACAUUUUCAGCAGCUUAUAGAGAUAUCUAUGAUUUGGAUAAAUCGUGUGACUUUUUCCUUCACUAAUUCCAGUUCCGCAAUUUAUUAUUUACCCAACACGUUCUUUCGAAAACUUUUGCACAGGGCAGCUUUAACUCGGUGUUGUUUAAAUAAUAAAAUGCAAUUUCGAUCUAAAUAAAAUUUGUUCUUGUAAUAUAUAAUAUAUGAAAGAUAUAAUAUAAA